AUGGCUGCAUCUGGCAUCCUGAUCGAGGCGGAAGCCUUCGACGAUUACGGCGGAUGGCUCCUGGAUUCCCAAUUCGAGACCGAGAUGGGUUCACCCUAUCUAAUUGCCCAUGGAAACGGAAAACAAGUAAAGGACGCCAAGACCACCAUCCAAAUCUCCGAAUCUGGUCUCUAUAAUGUCUGGGUCCGCGCCAAAGACUGGGUUCCCGGGUUUCACCCUGGCCGCUUUGGCCUUUCACUCAACGGCACCUCAUUGCAGACAGAAUUCGGAGCCAACGAUAUGGACUGGAAUUGGGAGUUUGGUGGUUCCAUCCAACUUGGGGCUGGCAGCACAACCCUUGUGUUGCACGAUGUCGCCGGCUUCUGCGGGCGGUGUGAUGCCAUUUUCCUGAGCACAGGAGAUACUCCACCGCUGAAUGGUGUCGAUGAGCCCACGAGAGCUUGGCGUCGAGCCCUGAGGGGUCUUCCAGAGACGCCCGAGAGUGUUGGACGGUUCGAUGUCGCCGUGGUUGGAGGAGGUAUUCCGGGAUGCGUUGCUGCUCUCACGGCCGCACGACUGGGAGAACGCGUUGCCCUCAUCCAAGAUCGACCUUUCUUGGGCGGAAAUGCCAGCAUUGAAAUUGGACUUAGCCCACGGGGUACUACGGGUCCGGUGGUUCAAGAGGUUUCACGCCGAGGUCCGACGGGUGACUUGGAAGCAGCACAACUCCUCAACGCCAACCCAAAUGCCACAGUCUUCUUGGAGCACACUGUAUGCGGUGCUGACACUGUUGAUGGUACCAUAACCUCCAUCAAAGCUCGCCAUUCCCGAACCGGACGAGAGAUCAUCGUCUCGGCAUCGACCUUCAUCGACUGCUCUGGCAAGGCCAUCCUUGGUCUAUAUUCGGGAGCUGAAACUCUGUACGGCCAAGAGCCACGAGCCGCAUACGGCGAAUCCCUCGCUCCAGAACGGGGUAACAAUAUGCAUCACGGAAACACAGUUUUCUUCAGGACUCGAAUGGCAGAGAAUCCGGUGCCAUUCCCGCCGGUUCCAUGGGCUACUCCGGUCGCCGGAGACUUCGCCGAUCUCGGUGGCCAGCUCAUCAGUCCUGGCUACGAGAACGGGCCUGGUCCUCGUGUUGAUCGCGGGGAACAUGCCGACGAAAACAUUCUUCGUCGGAUGAAAAUGCCCCUCACUCACUUCUGGGAGUACGGUCAGUGGCUCGAUCCGUACACACAGGGCGAGCAGAUCCGCGACCAUCUCCUGCGCGCCAUCUAUGGCACGUUUUCCAACGUCAAGACCAUGAGGCCUGAAGAGUACGCCAAUCUGGAGCUCGAGUGGGUGGCGAUGGUGGCAGCUCAGGGCGAGUUCAGGCGUUACAAGGGCGACUAUGUCCUCAGCGAGUCGGAUAUCCGAACCCACAAAGGAUUCCCCGACGCCGUUGUACAAAACUCCGGUGCGUUCUGUCUGCACUGGCCGGGUCAUAAACGCUACGACUUUCGAUUGUCUCACUGGGACUGGGAUGAGAGGGAUGAAAAACCUUAUGACAUCCCGUUCCGUUGUUUCUAUUCCGUCAACAUCAAUAAUCUGAUGAUGGCAGGGAAGCAUCUGAGUGCGACGCGGGUGUCAAUGUCCAACGCCAAGUUCAUGGGAAACGGUGGGCAACACGCCGUCGCUACGGCUGUCGCAGCGCAUCUUUGCCAUAAAUAUGGCACGAGUCCUCGAGGCAUUCACAGCAGUCAUCUUGCAGAGCUCAAGGACCUGGUAGCAGGGGUACUGGAAACCGGUAGACCACGGGUUGCAAGUCGACUAUGA